AUGGUCUUACCCUUUCCCUUCCCUUCCUUCCUUCAUGAAUCCACGACACAAACUAUACGACGACCGACGCGUCAGCAGGCCGAAUGCUGCGGUAUCAUAGGGGUGGUGAGCACCGAGCACGCCACUGGCAAUGACCCGGCCAGCGACGCGAGGGCGCUCCUCCUAGAGGGGCUGGCUGUUCUACGCAACCGCGGGUACGACUCCGCCGGCAUGGCCACCUCGUCGCCGGAUGGCCUCAUGAUCUCCAAGUACGCCUCGAGGGGCUCGAACAACGACUCUUUCGAGCUGCUGCAGGAUAACUCCAAGUCGCACUGCGGCCACCGGGUCGGGAUCGCCCACACGCGGUGGGCGACUCACGGUGGCAAAACCGACCAAAACGCUCACCCCCACACGGACUUCGGGUCUCGCAUCGCUCUCGUUCACAACGGCACCAUCAACAACGCGCACGAGCUGAGGGGGGACCUCGAGCGCAAGGGCAUCACCUUCAAAUCCGAAACGGACACGGAGGUUAUCGCUCACCUCGUGGGCCUGGAGCUAGACUCUGACCCGAACAUGGACCUCAAGGGGGCGCUGGCCAAGACGGUCGCCAAGCUCGACGGCACUUGGGGUCUCGCGGUCAUCGCACACGAGAAACCCGACGAGCUGGUCGUGGCCUGCAACGGGUCUCCCAUGGUGAUCGGGCUCGGCACGGACCACAUCUACGUUGCCUCGGAGACCGCGGCGUUCAACAGGCACACAAAGAACUUCAUCGCCAUGCAGGACGGAGAGAUCGCGGUCAUCACGCCGACCGAAUGCUCUCUCGACAAGGCCCGCAUGGAGCUCGCUCCGGAUCACGGCGUAGAGUCCACCCCUGCCCCUCACGCACACUGGACCCUGUACGAGGCCCUCCAGCAGCCCAUGGCCAUCGCCAGGGCCUUGGCAUUCGGAGGUCGAAUGACCGACUCUUCUGGUGUGGUUCUUGGUGGUCUGGACCGGAACAUGGAGAAGCUCUCGAAGAUCCGCAACCUCAUGUUCGCCGCGUGCGGCACCAGCCUCUACGCCAGCCAGUACGGGGCCAAGCUCAUGCGAGACAUGGGGGCGGUCGACACGUGCAACGCACAGGAUGCGGCGGAACUUCGAGUUCAGGAUAUUCCCAAGAGCCAGGGCGGGAUCAUAGCCGUCAGCCAGAGCGGAGAAACCAGGGACACCUUGAAGGCCUUGAAGGCCGCCGAGAUGGUGGGCAUCCCUCGCCUGUCCGUGGUUAACGUGGUUGGGUCUGCCAUCGCGAGAGAGACAAAGAUGGGAGUUUACCUUAACGCCGGCCGAGAAACCGCCGUGGCUUCCACGAAAGCCUUCACCACGCAGGCGAGAUAA